GGGUCCGCAAGAAACAAGCAAGACCUUCUCCGCUCCACCAUUCACCACACCCAUGAGUACCCGAAUGGAAAAGUCCCUGAGCUACAGCAGCAGCCAGGAUUCGACCUCCCUCCCACAACCUCCAACCGAGGCGAACCCAGCCAGCGAAGCCCGGGCUGGGAGGGGCCGGGUCGGGGGCGGCCUGGCAGGAAGCGGCGCGUACCUUCCGCUGCAGGAGGAGCAGGUGGCUGCAGUGCUGCCCGGGGCCCCAGGCUUCCUGUGUACGCUCCCGCUAGCUACUUUUUCCCGCCAGAGCUCAUUGGGCCGCCCCGGCCCUAUGGCUCAGACCCCAGACGACAUAUCCUGUGAACUGCGAGGUGAGAUCACCAGGUUCCUGUGGCCCAAGGAGGUGGAGUUGCUGUUGAAAACCUGGCUUCCCCAGGAGGGUGCUGAGCAAAGUCAUAUCCUGGCACUGCUUCGAUGGAGGGCUUAUCUGCUGCAUAGCUGCCUCCCACUGAGGGUGGACUGCACAUUCAGCUACCUGGAGGUCCAGGCCAUGACGCUGCAGGAGACGCCUCCUCAGGUCAUCUUUGAGCUGGAGUCCCUGCCUGAACUGGUCCUGGCGUUUCCUGGGGUGGCUGCCCUAGAACAACUGGCCCAGCACGUGGUUGCCGCCAUUAAAAAGGUCUUCCCUCGCUCAACCCUUGGGAAGCUAUUCCGGAAGCCCACACCCUCAUCACUCCUGGCUCGGUUGGAGAGAAGCCGGCCCUUAGAGUCCACAGCACCCAGCAGCCCGUGUGGUGGCUUCUUGGAGACAUAUGAAGCCCUGUGUGACUACAAUGGCUUCCCCUUCCGAGAGGAGAUUCAGUGGGAUGUGGACACUAUCUACCAUCGUCAAGGCCGCCGCCAUUUCUGCCUUGGAGACUUUGCCCACCUUGGCAGCAGAGACCUAGCCUUGAGUGUAGCAGCCUUAUCUUACAACCUGUGGUUCCGGCGCCUCUCCUGCGUGGACAUGAAGCUGAGCCUGGAGGUCUCAGAACAGAUUCUACACAUGAUGAGCCAGUCUUGGCAUUUGGAGGAGCUGGUACUGGAGACCUGUGGCCUGAGAGGAGACUUUGUUCGACGACUGGCCCAGGCGCUGGCAGGCCAUUCGAAUUCUGGACUUCGGGAGCUCAGCCUGUCUGGGAACUUGCUGGAUGACAGAGGUAUGGCUGCACUUGGCAGACACCUAGAGCACUGUCCAGGAGCCCUGAGGAGACUCAGCCUAGCCCAGACAGGGUUGACACCUCGAGGGAUGAGGGCUCUAGGCAGGGCACUAGCAGCCAAUGCCGCAUUUGAUUCUACCCUGACCCACCUGGAUCUUUCUGGGAACCCUGGGGCACUGGGAGCCUCCCAGGAUAGUGGGGGCCUGUACACUUUCUUGAGCCGUCCUAACGUUCUAGUGUUUCUGAAUCUGGCAGGCACUGACACCGCUCUAGGGACUCUCUUUGCCGCCUUAUCCGGUGGUUGCUGCUCCAGUCUGACCCACCUUGAAGCGUCUAGGAAUAUCUUCUCUCGCGGGAAGUCCCGAGCCGCGAGAGCAGCACCUGCCGCGCUACAACGCUUCCUCAGCAGUGCCAGGAUGCUGCAGCACCUGGGCCUGGCUGGCUGCAAGCUGCCACCUGAAGCGCUCAGGGCCCUUCUAGAUGGUCUUGCGCUCAACACUCAGAUCCGCGACCUGCACCUGGACCUCAGCGCUUGUGAGCUGCGCUCUGCGGGUGCCCAGGUGAUACAAGACUUAGUCUGUGACGCGGGUGCCUUGAGCUCCUUGGAUCUGUCCGACAAUGGCUUUGGCUCCGACAUGGUGACGCUGGUGCUUGCCAUCGGGAGGAGCCGGUCUCUGAAACACGUGGCUCUUGGAAGAAACUUCAACGUUCGGUGCAAGGAGACCCUGGACGAUGUCCUGCACCGGAUAGUCCAGCUCAUUCAGGAUGACGACUGUCCUUUGCAGUCCCUGUCAGUGGCUGAGUCCCGGUUGAAGCAGGGUGCCAGCGUCCUGCUUCGGGCUUUGAGCACCAAUCCAAAACUGACAGCACUGGAUAUCAGUGGCAAUGCCAUAGGGGAUGCUGGCGCCAAGAUGCUAGCCAAGGCGCUUCGAGUCAACACCAGGCUACGGUCUGUGAUCUGGGACCGAAACAACACAUCUGCUCUGGGCCUGCUGGAUGUGGCCCAAGCCCUGGAGGAGAACCACAGCCUGAAGUCCAUGCCUCUGCCACUGAAUGACAUAGCGCAGGCCCAGCGCAGCCGCCCAGAACUAACAGCUCGAGCAGUCCAUCAGAUCCAAGCCAGUCUCUUGAGGAACAGUCGGGCAGACCCUGCUUCUGAUAUCAAGCCCUGCCUUCAGCCUGUGGGUCUGAUUCCAGACCACUCCGAGCAGGAAGUGAAUGAACUGUGCCAGUCAGUGCAGGAACAUGUGGAGCUGCUGGGCUGUGGGGCUGGGCCCCAGGGUGAAGUUGCUGUGCACCAGGCUGAGGACGCCAUCCAGAACGCCAACUUCUCUCUCAGUAUCCUUCCCAUUCUGUAUGAGGCUGGGAGUUCUCCAAGUCAUCACUGGCAGCUGCAGCAGAAGCUGGAGGGCCUCUUGGGUCAGGUGGGCGAGAUCUGUCGCCAGGACAUCCAGGACUUCACUCAGACCACACUGGAUACCACAAGGAGCCUUUGCCCACAGAUAUUGCAGAGACCUAGCUGGAAGGAGCAGCUCGAGGGAGUUCUGGUGGGCUCCAGGAGCCUUCCAGAACUGCUUCCAGAACAUCUGCUGCAAGAUGCCUUUACUAGGCUGAGGGACAUGCGUCUGUCAAUCACAGGGACCCUAGCAGAGAGCAUUGUGGCUCAGGCCCUUGAAAGUCUUCAUGCAGCCCGAGAUCGACUGAUGGAGAGUCUAGCUCAGCAGGCGCCAGCCACAGUGGACCCUGCUGUCCCAUCACUGGGUGGAGAUGAACUCAACGCCCUUGAGCCUGAAGGACUGGAAGAUCUUUUCUUUCCCAUGGAGAAGGAAGAGGAGAGAGAGGACAAUGGUUCUUCAUGGAAAUGGCUUGAGCCCAGCUAUUGUUUUCACCUGGUCCCCUCCCUUCAUGGUAAGUCAGGCCCUGGAGAGAAGAGAGUUCACCCAAGUGGACUGAAGCUCUGUCAACCCCUACGCCAUCCGACCCGGGCCCGGCCGCGGCCACGUCGCCAGCACCACCACCGCCCGCCGCCGGGGGGCCCCCAGGUGUCCCCAGCCCUGCUUCAAGAAGGGAAUGGGCUCACUGCUCGUGUGGACGAAGGUGUGGAGGAAUUCUUCUCCAAAAGGCUGAUCCAGCAGGAACGCCUCUGGGCCCCAGAGGAGGAUCCAGCCACUGAGGGUGGUGCCACUCCUGUCUCCCGUACACUUCGAAAGAAGCUGGGUACCCUCUUUGCCUUUAAGAAACCUCGUUCAACAAGGGGUCCAAGAUCUGAUCUAGAGACCAGCCCUGGAGCAGCAGCUCGUGGCAGAAAAACCACACUUGGAGACCUGCUUCGACCACCAGCCCGUCCAGGCCGUGGUGAGGAGUCUGGAGGGGCAGAGGGGGGCACCAGCAGCCCUGACUCUGCUCGCAGAACUCGGCCUCGGUACACGCGAGAAAGCAAGGCCUACUCUAUGAUACUGCUACCCGCUGAGGAGGAGGAAGCAACAGUGGGUGCCAGACCUGACAAGAGGCGUCCUCUGGAACGGGGAGAAACGGAACUGGCUCCAUCUUUUGAGCAGCGGGUACAAGUGAUGCUGCAGAGAAUCGGCGUGAGCCGGGGCAGUGGGGGUGCCGAAAGCAAGAGGAAGCAAAGCAAAGAUGGUGAGAUCAAGAAGGCAGGCUCAGAUGGUGACAUUAUGGACAGUUCCACAGAGACCCCUCCCAUCUCAAUCAAGUCCCGAACCCACUCUGUGUCGGCUGAUCCCUCCUGUAGACCUGGGCCAGGGGGCCAGGGCCCUGAGUCUGCCACCUGGAAGACACUGGGGCAGCAGCUGAAUGCGGAGCUCAGAGGCCGUGGUUGGGGCCAGCAAGAUGGUCCAGGGCCUCCCUCCCCAUGUCCCAGCCCAAGUCCCCGAAGAACCAGCCCCUCCCCAGACAUCCUGAGUCUCCCUGAGGAUCCCUGCUUGGGCCCUCGGAAUGAAGAUGGCCAGCUGAGGCCGAGGCCUCUCUCAGCAGGGCGGCGAGCAGUGUCUGUGCAUGAGGACCAGCUCCAGACCCCUGCGGAACGGCCCCUUCGGCUGCAGCGCUCCCCUGUCCUCAAGCGCAGGCCAAAGCUCGAGGCACCCCCAUCCCCAAGCUUAGGCUCUGGCCUCGGAACCAAGCCUCUUUCUCCAUACCCAACAGAACCUUCCAGCCCUGAGCGGAGCCCUCCCUCCCCAGCCACAGACCAAAGAGGCGGCGGCCCCAAUCCCUAAUCCUGUCCUUUCCUGCCGCAUGAAAUUAUUUUAUUAAAAAACUUGAAUGAAA